GCGAGCUCGGGGAGAGGCCGGGUUUCCGAUUCCGGCCAGCCUCGCUCUGGUCCCUGCGGCUGGCUGCCGAGCCUUGUGCCUCCGCCAUAUUGUCUGUGUGAGGCCGGUGGGGAGGGAGCCCAGCGCGGCGGUCGCUUCAGUUGGAAAAACCAAAGGCCCAUCCAAGGCCUUCACCCUGUGUCCGGUUUUGAGCUCAGAGGCUACCAGAAAUCUAAACACCUAAUAGAACUCCACCUCGCAACCUGUCCGACAUGUCAGGACCCGUGCCAAGCAGGGCCAGAGUUUACACUGACGUAAACACGCACAGACCCCGAGAGUACUGGGACUAUGAGUCACAUGUUGUCGAAUGGGGAAAUCAAGAUGACUACCAGCUAGUUCGGAAAUUAGGCCGGGGCAAAUACAGCGAAGUGUUUGAAGCCAUCAACAUCACAAAUAAUGAAAAAGUAGUAGUUAAAAUCCUCAAGCCGGUAAAAAAGAAGAAAAUCAAGCGUGAAAUCAAGAUCUUAGAAAACUUGCGAGGUGGUCCCAAUAUAAUCACCCUUGCAGAUAUAGUAAAAGACCCUGUGUCCCGGACCCCUGCUUUGGUUUUUGAACAUGUAAACAACACAGACUUUAAGCAAUUGUACCAGACAUUAACAGACUAUGAUAUUAGGUUCUACAUGUAUGAGAUUUUGAAGGCUUUAGAUUACUGUCAUAGCAUGGGGAUCAUGCACAGAGAUGUCAAACCCCACAACGUCAUGAUUGACCAUGAGCACAGAAAGCUGAGGCUAAUAGACUGGGGUCUGGCUGAAUUCUAUCAUCCUGGCCAGGAGUACAAUGUCAGAGUGGCUUCCCGAUACUUCAAAGGACCUGAACUCCUUGUAGAUUAUCAGAUGUAUGAUUAUAGUCUGGAUAUGUGGAGCUUGGGUUGCAUGUUGGCCAGUAUGAUCUUCCGAAAGGAGCCAUUUUUCCAUGGCCACGACAAUUAUGAUCAGUUGGUGAGGAUAGCCAAGGUGCUGGGGACAGAAGAUCUAUAUGACUACAUAGACAAAUACAACAUUGAGCUGGAUCCACGCUUCAAUGACAUCUUGGGCAGGCACUCCCGUAAGCGAUGGGAGCGCUUUGUUCACAGUGAGAACCAACACUUGGUGAGCCCAGAAGCUCUGGAUUUCUUAGACAAAUUGCUGCGGUAUGAUCACCAGUCACGACUCACAGCAAGAGAAGCCAUGGAACACCCCUACUUCUAUCCCAUUGUGAAGGACCAGGCUCGGAUGGGUUCAUCCAGCAUGCCAGGUGGCAGCACUCCUGUCAGCAGUGCAAGUAUGAUGUCAGGGAUCUCUUCAGUGCCAACACCUUCGCCCCUUGGACCUCUAGCAGGCUCACCCGUGAUUUCUGCCACCAAUACUCUGGGGAUGCCGGUUCCAGCUGCUGCAGGCGCUCAGCAGUAGUGAUGGGUUUUGUCUCCGAUGCCUGAGCUGAGUCAGGUGGGGAAGAGGUUCCCCCUCUACCUCUCCCCAGGCGGCAGCUUGCACCUGGCAGGGGAAGGGAGGGGAUGGAACACUUUGGAGGCACCGUGUCUGAACAGUUGCUUGUGGAUUUAUAGUAGUUCAGUCAUUAUAUAAAAAAAUUAUUAUAGGCUGAUUUUUUUUUUCUCUUUUUUUUUUACUUGAACUUUUCGUAACUCAGGGGAAUCCCUGAAAAUACUGCAGAUGGAAUAUUUCUCGGACAAUUUUUUUUCCCAGACUCCGCAUCACUUGAGAACAAAGAUGAACCAACUACAUUUCCAGGCUGUUGUAUCCUGCUGGAAAUCUCUUCUCUUCAUAGUCCCACCAUUACUCCUCCACCAGCUCACAACUUGGGGGGAUUGUCUUGUUCUUUUCUCUGGAGUCUUCCAGACCAAGUCUUCACAAGGCAGUGGGAGGGGGAUUCUUAAAGUACCAGUCACUUUAACACCAUAUUCUGCAUAUGACUCAACUGGGGUACAUUGAGGAGACAACUUCAGUUUGUAGAGAUGGUAAAAACUUAUAAGAAAUAAGCGCAGAUAAGGCCUAAAACCCUAUUCUGUCCUGUAUGAAUCAUGUCUCUCUAGGAGCUAACCAGAGCGCUGACUCUCUCCCUUGCAUGUAAUUUUAGUCUUAAAGCAUAAAGUUACUGAUCCAGUUGACGUUCUUGCCAUCUGCUGUUGAAGGUGCUCCAGUAGGGUAAGCUGUACUCUAAUCAGUACCUUUUCCACAUAAGGUUCUUCCGGCCAAUCCCUUGGCUGGGAAUUCUGGAAUUAAUUUGUUACUGGGGAUAUUGUUUUUGUUUUUUUAAAUUGUUUAUACAGAUUUCAAAAUGGUGGCUACUUAAAGAGCUGGAAAAUCAGACUGCGCCAAGUCACAUAUUGAGUCAUCACCCACCACCCCCACCCUCAUGUGCCAUGUGGUGAGAAUACUGGUUACCUCACAGUCUUGUAAAUAUGCACUGAGAGGAAGGAGCGAGUAGACUAAUUUAAACUGAAAUGGUAGACCUGUAAUUGUGGACAGAUAUUACUAUUGAUGACAAAGCACCCUUGUUACAGCCUUGCUACCCUUUGCUGUGUAUAUAUACUUUGUCCUUCAUAUGUGAAAGAUCCAGUGUUGGAAUUCUUUGGUGUAAAUAAACAUUUGGUUUUAUUUAUCAAG